AGCCUUUAUGCUGAGCUGCAACUUUCCCCGCCGUCCUGACUCUGGGGAUGUCACAGUGAUGGACCUGCACUCAGGUGGGGUGGCCCACUUCCACUGCCACCUGGGCUAUGAGCUGCAGGGCGCCCAGACACUGACCUGCAUCAAUGCCUCCAAGCCCCACUGGAGCAGCCAGGAGCCCAUCUGCUCAGCCCCUUGUGGAGGGGCUGUGUACAACGCCACCAUCGGCCGUGUCCUCUCCCCAAGUUACCCUGGAAAUGCCAAUGGGAGUCAAUUCUGCGUGUGGACGAUCGAAGCUCCAGAAGGCCAGAAGUUGCAUCUGCACUUUGAGAGGCUGUUGCUGCAUGAGAAGGACAGGAUGAUGGUCCACAGCGGGCAGACCAACAAGUCCACUCUUCUCUAUGACUCUCUUCAAACCGAGAGUGUCCCCUUCGAGGGCCUGCUGAGCGAAAGCAACACCAUCCGCAUCGAGUUCACAUCUGACCAGGCCCGGGCAGCCUCAGCCUUCAACAUCCGAUUUGAGGCCUUUGAAAAAGGCCACUGCUAUGAGCCCUACAUUCAGAAUGGGAACUUCACCACAUCCGACCCGACCUAUAACAUUGGGACCAUAGUGGAAUUCAUCUGCGACCCUGGCCACUCCCUGGAGCAGGGCCCGGCCAUCAUCGAGUGCAUCAAUGUGCGGGACCCAUACUGGAACGACACGGAGCCCCUGUGCAGAGCCAUGUGUGGUGGAGAACUUUCUGCUGUGGCUGGAGUGGUGCUGUCCCCAAAUUGGCCAGAGCCCUAUGUGGAAGGUGAAGAUUGUAUCUGGAAGAUCCACGUGGGGGAAGAGAAACGGAUCUUCUUAGAUAUCCAGUUGUGAGUGUUUUUGAUGGGUAGCCCCACAAUCCAACCGAAUUUGGGAGAUUGGGGAAUAAAUAGCUCCUGCUUUAUUCUUUCAACUAGUAGUAAUUAAGCACCUACUGUGUGGC